AUGUAUCAUCGGCGGCAUGUUGCGACUAGUGUGGAUAUAUGGAAUCGUGAACUUCGAAAGGGUUUAGAAUUUACCCAAGAAUUCAAAAAAGUUCUUCCAGAUGCCAUGGAACACACCUAUCGCCAUGCUACUGCUGAUGUUCAAGGUAUUAUAAGGCGUGUUGUCAACAUAUGGGAUGAAAGAGAAGUAUUUGACAAAGAUUUCCUAGACGAGUUGCGAAGGCGUUUCACAGGUAUAAUAAACGUACGGAUCGCUGUUUUUAACACUUAUUAUCUUAAUCCAUCCAUACUUUCACAACAACUUGAUCAUCUUCUUCGCGUGCUUACUGAACAUCAAAAUCUUGUCUCGAAAAGUAUUACAAAUCGAACUCAACUAAUCAAUCAAAUGAAAGAGAUAAUAGCACAAGAAGAAAUGAGAUUAAGGCUAGAUAACAAAAGCCUACUGGAUACUCAAUCUAAAAUCAAUGAAACUAAGGAAUGCAUAGAACAGUUAAAAUCAAUAAGUAUUUUUCGGUAUGAUGCAAAUAAAAAUAUUCAUAAUGGUGAGUCUCGAUUUGAUCAAAACGGUGAAAUUCGACAAAAGGAUCAUCAACAACAACACGCAAUGAAAGAGAAUGAUUCUAAAUCAAGAUCAAUAAAACAAAAUGAAACUUCGCAACAAUUAACGAAGGUAGAAGUGGAUUCUCAAGGAAGUACUUCGUCUACCUACGAUCCUUCGAUUCAUUUGACUUUGCCGCCAUCAUCUUUUACCUCAGGAUCAAUGUUACCCUCAGAAACUCAAUUAUUUGGAGAUUCGUUUUCUCUUAUGAACGACCAACUGCAGGUUCCUUAUCAAAGUACGUCCAUUUCUUCUUCUAUAUCGAAUUCACCGGCUCCUUCCAGCAAUAGUGAUGAGUACAGUGAUCCUUUAGUAUCUACGGACCAUAGAGGAUGA